AUGCGCGCAACUGUCCUUGUUCUCGCCGGUCUUUUGGCACUGGCCAACGCCAUCGCGCUGCCCGAACCCGAGACUGCCGCCUCCUCUCCUUCUUUUUCUUCUUCCUCCUCGGCCAGGGACCUCGAGGCGCGCGCGCCGAACUGCCCUGAUGUCUGGAAGCGGGUCAACGCCGAUCUCAACGCCCUGUUCCUCGAGGGCGGGAAGUGCAACGCCCUCGCGAGGGGCGCCAUCCGCGCCCUCUUCCACGACUGCGGCUCGUGGGACCAGUCCCAGGGGCUCAGCGGCGGCUGCGACGGAUCCCUGAUCGCCGGCGUCGCGCCGGACGUCGAGCUCGACCGGAUCGAGAACAGGGGCCUGCAGAACAUCGCGGGCGCGUUGAGCGACCUGGCCGGGAAGCAUAACACGACCAAGGCGGACAUGAUCAUCUUCGCCGGGAACGCUGCUGUGUUCUUGUGUCCCGGAGGGCCCAAGGUCAGGACCUAUAUCGGCCGGAAGGAUAACACGAACUCAGCCAAGAGGGGCGGUUUGCCGAGCCCCUUUGACACCCCCGAGAACCUGUUGGCGCUUUUCAAGGCCAAGGGCCUUGAUGCCGAGGCCCUCGCGGCGCUGCUCGGCGCCCAUAGCACCUCCACCCAGAGCUUCGUCAACGCGACACAGGCGGGGGCGUCGCAGGACUCGACACCCGGAGAGCUUGAUGUCAGCUACUACAAGCAAACGCACGACUUCGCCACCAAGGGCACCGCGCCGGCGGGCGUCUUCGUCUUCCCCUCGGACGCCGGCAUCGCGACCUCGGAGGCGAGCAGCGUCGGCAGGUGGUUCCAGGGCUUCAUCGGGGACCAGGACAAAUGGAGCAAGAGCUUCAAGAAGUCGAUGGAGAGAAUGGCCCUCUUUGGCAACGACAAGGGGACCAUGGCUGACUGCACCGACGCGAUAGCCAAGCUUUGA